AGGAGGGUCGAUUCACUUCGAAGCACCGGGACUCCAACCUCCUCGUUCCGGUGUUGUUUGUUGGUUUUAAUUCGGGUAUCAAUUAAUCCCCGCGGUUAGUUCGCUAAUUCCUCGUGUUUAUUGUCUCAAUUAUUUCUCACUGUUGACGAAAUAAAAUCGUGCAUGGGUGUCAGUGCUGUUGUGACCAAAACACAGUUCCGAAUUAUUAUUUUUGUUGAUUAAAAAAAAUAAGAGUCAUGAGUGCAAUAUCGUUUUUGUGGGUGUCUCUUGGAUUUUUUUGGCUCGCGAGCACUGGAGCCGAGGGGAGAAUCAACUGCGACGCGGUGAGACCCUACUUCGAGGAACAGGGAUUUCCACCCAGUGAUAUACCCAAGGAUCCGAUAUCAUCCAAGGAAUUGAGAUCAUGCGGUGGCAUAAGUAGUGGCGGAGAGGUCUGCUGUUCAGCUGAUAUGGAGCUGAGACUUCAAGCCCGUGCCCGGGACAGACAUGAAAAAGCCACGAGAUCAACACUACAGAGACUUCAACAACUUCUCGUAACAAGAGGCACACGAUUUCACAGUUUCUUCAAGGAGUUGUUGGCAACAUCGAAGAAGGGCUUCCAUGAGAUGUUCAAGAAGACGUAUGGCAUUUUGUAUGAACAGAAUGCCUACGUAUUUACGGAUUUGUUCAAAGAACUGGAGAGCUACUACACCAAGGGGACUGUGAACUUGGAUGAGGCGAUGGACAAUUUCUUCAAUACCCUCUAUCAGAAGAUGUUCACUGUACUCAACGGUCAGUACAACUUCGAUGACAAGUAUCUCGAGUGUGUCGGCAAUCACAUGAAAGAGAUGCGUUCAUUUGGCGAUGUACCCCAGAAAUUGGGGGUACAGAUUAAGCGAUCGUUUAUAGCAACGAGAGCUUUCAGUCAGGCACUGACUGUCGCUGCUGAUGUCCUCAAGAACAUGCAGACGCUCAAGGCAUCACCGGAGUGUGCAGCCGCUCUAACCAGAAUGACAGCCUGUCCAUCGUGCAGCGGCAUACCCGGUAAUGUUCUAGCAUGCGGUGACAUGUGUGCCAACGUCAUGAAGGGAUGUCUUGCUCAACAUGCUGCACUCGACGCUGAAUGGAAUCAUUUUGUCGAAGCGGUUAGUAAAGUGGCCGAGAGGCUACUGGGUCCAUUUAACAUAGAGAUGCUAGUGCGACCGAUAAACCUGAAGAUCUCCGAAGCAAUAAUGAAUUUCCAAGAGAACAGUCAGGACGUGUCGCAGCGUGUCUUCAGUGGGUGUGGGCGACCAGUUUUGGGGAGAAAACGGCGGAGGAGGCGGGAGAGCCGACACGACGCCGAUCUGGAGUCAUCGAAUUUCGAUGAGGAGGUUGUCGACGAGGACGGCAGAUCCUCAACAGCUGCGAUGCUCGAUAAACUUGUUAAGGAAAUUCGACAGAGGGUCAGAGAUUCACGACAAUUCUGGAUUUAUCUGCCUUAUCAGCUCUGCAAUGAUGGACUCGUUGUGCCUCCUAGUAAUACCAACGAGUGCUGGAAUGGCACUCAUGUGGACAAGUACCUCUACCCAGUAUCAUCGGACGGGGAGAUUCAAACUUUGAAUCCAGAGGUGAGGGGCAGUGGCCCCAGGCCUUCAAUAGUUAGGGACCAAGUGUUUGCACUUACCACGAUUACGAGUAGACUGAGAUCGGCGUUCAAUGGACAGGAUGUUGAUUGGGCGGAUACAGAGGAGACGUCCUACGGCUCUGGAAGUGGCUCCGGCGACGGUCAAGACGAGGAUGACCCAAUAACCGACGACGAGGACGGCUUCCGCGAGGAGUCGUCGGGCUACGAGCCGUCCCCAGCGGUGCCCGAGACCCCAGAGGUCAUCCAGCCCCUGGUGCCACCAGAGAUACCCCCCCACGUCGACAUAACACCGAAGAUUCCCACGAUAAUCGACACAAAUACGAACAUCAUCACACCAACAAACAACAAAACAACAAAUGCUGUUGAGAAUGGGGCGACGAGACAGCACAUACCCCUGUCCCGUGCCCUCACGUCUUACCUAUUCCCAAUAGCUGUUAUGUGGUUCGGUGGAUGUCUCACCGAGUGGCUGUGAUCAUAAAAAAAUCCUCGAGCGAGUGACUUUUGUACAUAAAAUUUGUUUUUUCGGAAAAACCACGGGGGAAAUCGAGGACUCGUGUUUAAUUCUCGUGGGGAUAGUGUCUCGGGAACAGGACUAUUCAGUGAAUAACGACGAUGUUCACCGAUGAUCUCAGAUUAUGAAGAAGAUGGGACGAUGACCGAUGUGCCAUUUUUUUCAAUUUUAUUGUCUUGAACAUUAUGUUUUAACGAUUGUGGGGGAUUAAUGUGGGGAAGUGUAACUUACUCAGUCUUGAGAUUUUUGGGUUGUCGGGGUGUUUUUAAUGCCUCGGGGGAAUUAUUGGGGGAGCCCAGAGCUGGGGAUGUUUUAUUCCAAAUUGACAGAGAAUUUUUUCGUUUUAAUUUAAUGAAAAAAUUCGAAUUUUUUUUUAUUCUGAAUGAGAAUGAAAUUCAUUUCAUUUCUGUUUUAGGUCGAAUAAUCAAUUUUAAAUCACUAUUUUGAAUCGUAUUUCCAUUUGGAUUCGAGGAAAUUGUUGAACAUUUGAUUGAAAUUUCGUAAAACUGUUCUAUUUUAUUAUUUUAAAUUAGA